GCCAUACUCGUUGAGCAGGCUGUAGGCUUCCUCCACGCACUUGCGCUCGUUCAUGUUGCAGGAAGCUCGGGUGCUAAAAGGACCAACCAAACCGAUGCUGUCUCUUGUCACAAAGGAGAUACUGCUUCGUUCCAAGUGUUUUCAGCAACCUGGUUCUAUUAGAGUGUUGCAUAAAGAUUAUAGAACAGUGACUCCUCAGAAUUUUUCCAACUAUGAGUCCAUGAAAAAGGACUUCAAACUGGAAAUUCCAGAGUAUUUCAACUUUGCUAAAGAUGUCUUGGACCAGUGGACAAAUGUGGAAAAGGCUGGAAAGAGACCCUCCAAUCCAGCCUUCUGGUGGAUAAACGGAAAUGGAGAAGAAGUGAGAUGGAGUUUUGAGGAACUGGGAUCUUUGUCCAAGAAAUUUGCCAAUAUACUUACAGAAGCCUGUGCCCUGCAAAGGGGAGAUCGAGUCAUUGUCAUUCUGCCCAGGAUCCCAGAGUGGUGGCUUGCAAAUGUAGCCUGCCUGCGAACAGGUGCAGUUUUAAUUCCAGGGACCACUCAGCUGACCCAGAAAGACGUGCUCUACAGACUGCAGUCUUCAAAAGCCAAGUGCAUUAUCGCCCAUGACGCUGUCGCCCCAGCAGUAGAUGCGGUGGCAUCUCAGUGUGAAAACCUGCGCUCCAAGCUCAUUGUGUCUCAGAACCCCCGAGAGGGGUGGGGGGACCUCAAAGAGAUGAUGAAAUGUGCCACUGACAACCACACGUGUGUGGAGACAAGACACGAUGAGACCAUGGCCAUUUACUUCACCAGCGGAACAAGUGGAUCUCCUAAAAUGACUGCACACACCCACAGCAGUUACGGUUUAGGAUUAUCUGUAAACGGAAGGUUCUGGCUGGAUUUGACACCUUCAGACGUGAUGUGGAACACCUCCGACACAGGCUGGGCCAAGUCUGCAUGGAGCAGCGUGUUUUCGCCAUGGAUCCAGGGAGCGUGUGUAUUUGCACAUCGUUUGCCACACUUUGAGCCAACUUCCAUCUUGCAAACGCUCUCCAAGUUUCCCAUCACAGUCUUCUGUUCAGUGCCAACUGUGUACCGAAUGCUUGUGCAAAAUGCCAUGACCAGCUUUAAGUUCAAAAGCUUAAAACACUGUGUGAGUGCUGGGGAACCCAUGAGCCCUGAAGUGAUUGAGCAGUGGAGAAGCAGGACGGGGCUGGAGAUCUACGAAGGAUAUGGGCAGACUGAGACGGUGCUGAUCUGUGGACAUUUUAAGGGAAUGAAAAUUAAGCCUGGCUCAAUGGGAAAGCCUUCGCCUGCUUUUGACGUUAAGAUUUUAGAUGCAAAUGGCAAUGUUCUACCUCCUGGACAAGAAGGAGACAUUGGCUUUCAAGUUGUACCUACGCGACCAGUUGGCCUUUUCACUCAUUAUGUAGAUAACCCUACAAAAACAGCGUCAACUCUCCGAGGCAGCGUCUACAUCACCGGGGACAGAGGCUAUAUGGACGAAGACGGGUAUUUCUGGUUUGUUGGGAGAUCAGAUGAUGUCAUAUUAUCCUCCGGCUACCGAAUUGGACCGUUUGAGGUGGAGAGUGCCCUGGCUGAGCAUCCCGCGGUGGCGGAGUCGGCUGCUGUCAGCAGCCCAGACCCCAUCAGAGGAGAAGUAGUAAAGGCUUUUAUUGUUCUGAACCCCAAUUACAAGUCACACGACCAAGAACAACUAAAAAAAGAGAUUCAGGAACAUGUAAAAAACACUACAGCGCCUUACAAAUAUCCUAGAAAGAUAGAAUUUGUUCCAGAGCUGCCAAAGACUAUCAGUGGGAAGAUAAAAAGAAAUGAACUGAGGAAGAAAGAAUGGGAAACUAUUUAAAACCAUUCCAUUAAUUAUCACAGCAUCCAUAAAACAAAGACUGUAAAAACCACAAGAUUAUGAAGAGGUGAUAAAAAUGUGAUAGUAUGCUUAUAAACUGAUUUAAAUACCUUGUGGUUAGAACAUAAGGGGCUGAAUUUUGAAAUAAAAUAGUAAAUUCCUCUG